AUGGAGACUUCUGAAUCAUUCUCUAUCUUUUGUUUUUUUUUAAAACGUCUAGGUGAACUGCUGAUAUGGACUCUAGCAAACGAGUUAGGAAGUCUUGUUGCGAGUCGUGGAGGUGCCUCAGGAGGUCAUCAGGAUGCAAUCAGCUAUCUUCAUUGGUUAACACCUGAAUCAGUUUAUGUGGGUGCUUCGAAUUCUGGGCGAUCUGAUGCAGGUGAACACAUCAUUUCGUUUGGAGCGGAUGGACGCAUAAUUUGCUGGACUUUGACGAUGGACUCCAGAGAGCCUACAUUGACCCCCAUUAAAAUGUACAUCAAGCGCACGUUUGGUUAUCAAAUCUAUGGAAGAGAACAGCUUGGAGCCGCCGUACAAGAUCGUCUUUGUAACGCCUCAUCCUGGGGUGGGACACAGGGCGGCACCUCGACCAGCCUGGAUCACCCAAUCGGCAUAUCAACAGCUGUCUUCUCGCCACAUAAUCCAGAGAGUCUAUUCAUCGGUACAGAGAGUGGCGGUCUGCUCUUCUGCAAAUUUGAAGUCGUCGACUGGAAUGUGCCCAGAAUCGGUACUUAA